AGGAGACAUGGCUGCUUACAUUGUUUUAGGCUAGCUAGCCUUUCGUUGUAUAUUGAGUUGACUUAGCCUAUAAUGAAUACCUCGAAUAUUUGUUUAGUUAUGAUAUCGUAAAUAAUUUAAUGACCCUUUACAACCAGUUCCUUAUGUCAAUGGGAUCUUGUACCUCGUCAUUUUGCUAUUAGCUUGCUAGCUAGCUCCACCAAUAGAUAUCUUAGCUAGGCAAGCUAACAAACGAUAGCAGAUUCAGGUAACGCUAUUUGACAGGGCUGCCGGUGGAUUAUAGCGCAUUAUUCUAUUGUAUUCUCGCUUGUCUGCACAUAAUUGCAACGUCAGGGGCUUCUAUAUAUAAUUUUGAGCCUCAAUGCCAGAACAAGGCCCUAGGAUGAAUGGUUUCUCCCUCGGCGAACUAUGCUGGCUGUUCUGCUGCCCGCCCUGUCCAAGUCGCAUCGCUGCUAAGUUAGCAUUUCUCCCACCAGAGCCAACGUACUCGGUGCAUACUGAUGCAAAUGGGACGACGAGCCUUCAUCUGACCGAGCGCGCGGACUGGCAAUAUUCCCAACGUGAGUUGGAUGCAGUCGAGGUGUUCAACACCCGGACGAGUAGAGGAAACCGGGUGGGAUGCAUGUUUGUCAGAUGUGCCCCGAACAGUCGGUAUACACUGCUGUUUUCACACGGCAACGCGGUAGACCUGGGCCAAAUGUGCAGCUUCUACAUCGGCCUGGGCUCGAGAAUCAAUUGCAACGUCUUCUCGUAUGACUACUCUGGCUACGGGGUGAGCACCGGGAAACCAUCAGAGAAAAACCUCUAUGCCGACAUCGAGGCAGCCUGGCAGGUUCUCAGGAACAAGUACGGCGUGACUCCAGAGAACAUCAUCCUGUACGGCCAGAGCAUCGGCACGGUGCCCACGGUGGAUCUGGCGGCGCGUUACGAGUGUGCUGCCGUCAUCCUGCACUCGCCACUCAUGUCCGGCCUCCGCGUCGCCUUCCCCGACACCCGCAAGACCUACUGCUUUGAUGCUUUCCCCAGCAUCGAUAAAGUCUCCAAGGUGGCGUCUCCGGUGCUGGUGAUCCACGGUACGGAGGAUGAGGUGAUCGACUUCUCCCACGGCCUGGCCAUCUACGAGCGGUGCCCGCGCGCCGUGGAGCCCCUGUGGGUGGAGGGAGCCGGCCACAACGACAUCGAGCUCUACGCACAGUACCUGGAGCGCCUCAAGCAGUUCAUCUCCUUCGAGCUGCCCGCCUCUUGAAGCAACAACAACAGACGCAAACCUCGCUGCCACCCACCCACCCACCUAGCCACCCUGGAUUCCCAUUACCCCAGCCCUUCAACCGACGACCCACCCUCUACUUACCAUUCCCACCCCAACCUACCCCCACCCCUUCCCUAGCCCGUCUACCAACUCCACACCCUCUACCUCCCCUUACCACCUCACCCUGCCGUCCCCCGUUGCUUCUCCAGCCCCGUGUUCAGUCAGUCAGUAGACCCUGACGCACAUAUGUGAACUGGUCCUCUGUGGAUAGCAAGAAACAGACACACACUACAAAGGAAGUGGAGGACCAGAUCAGUAUUUUGCACUUGCUACGGAAAACUGAACAUCUCCCCAGCCUCUUGAAGAUGUGAUCGCCGAUUGACGCCCAUGUUGUCUGUUGUUGUUGUGGGGGUUGGGGCUGGUCUUGUGUGUGGGGGAGAGGGGGGAGGA